CGGGCAAUAGCGGAGGAGGUCGGGGAAGGGGGAGAUAUCCUUCCGAAGAGGCAUCAGCCGCUUCAGCUGCCAUGUUUUUGUGUCGUCCGUAAGUGAAGCCUAUGCCUUUACAAUCUCUGAACAGUCCAGUCGAUAUGUAACGAAUUACAUUUGUGCACGAUUAUCUCGCAUAAAGUUUCGUCAUCAACUCAUGCAAGCUAAUCGUCACAAUGCAGAGCGACACUGCAAAAGCCGCGGUAGGCUUAGCCGCAGCGGUGGCUCUCUGUUUGCUUUUUCAACAUGGAUGCUUGGUAAACGCGCAAAUCGUGAGCUCCCGCGUUUCAGACCAUAGGACGGGUUCGACUCCUAACCAUGGGAGGUGCGAGCCCAUUACAAUUCCAUUGUGCAAGGACAUUCAAUACAACGAAACUAUCAUGCCCAACCUGCUAAAUCAUCAGAAGCAAGAGGAUGCUGGAAUGGAAGUGCACCAAUUUUUUCCACUGGUCAAGGUGAAGUGUUCGCCAGAUUUACAAUUCUUCCUUUGCUCCAUUUACGCUCCCGUGUGCACAAUUCUCGAGUACCCUAUACCACCGUGUCGGUCGCUUUGUAUGUCUGCGCGCAAUGGAUGCGAGAACCUGAUGAACAAGUUUGGGUUCAAAUGGCCAGAAUCCCUGGAGUGCGAAAAAUUUCCCGAAGUAUCCUCUGGUAAGCUGUGCGUGGGCGAAAAUAGCACGGACCACCGUAUCGGCCCACAGCCAUCCCCCAAUUCUACGGGUGUCCUUGUUAACCAUGGCUUUGUAUGCCCACGCGAAUUCACGGUGCCUUUGGGCCUGGACUACGUCUUUCGAAUUCGCGGAAAAGAGGAGAAGAACUGCGGCAUGCCAUGCCACCACAUGUUUUUCCGUGGACAAAACCUCAAGUUUUCGCGCUACUGGAUUGGAACGUGGGCCGCUCAGUGCAUGGUUUCCACUCUAUUCACGGUGCUCACGUUUCUCAUCGACAUGCAACGUUUUCGAUACCCAGAAAGACCCAUUAUUUUCCUCUCAUUCUGCAACCUCAUGGUGUCUGCUACGUACUUUGCGGGUUUUCUGCUAGGCGACAAGGUGGCAUGUAAUGAUCCCUUCCCUGCACCGGAUGGCCAAAAGAACAUUGACAUGGUGCGAACCAUUUCGCAGAAUAAUAAGAAAGAGACAUGCACAGUUAUGUUUAUGGUACUGUACUUCUUCAGCAUGGCUGGCUCACUGUGGUGGGUAGUGCUCACGUUGACAUGGUUCCUAGCAGCAGGGCUCAAGUGGGGUCACGAGGCAAUCGAAAGUAAUUCCCAGUACUUCCACCUGGCAGCAUGGACGAUACCAGCAAUCAAGACGAUUACGAUUUUAGCAAUGGGUAAAGUUGAGGGAGACGUGUUAAGUGGGGUUUGCUAUGUGGGCAUUUGGAACAUGGACUCUCUCCGUGGCUUUGUGCUGGCUCCUUUGUUUAUAUACCUAGCUUUGGGCAAGGUUUUCCUUAUGGCUGGUUUCAUUUCACUGUGCCACAUACGAACUGUUAUGAAGCACGAUGGCACCAAGACAGAUAAGCUCGAAAAGCUGAUGGUACGCAUUGGAAUUUUUUCAUUCCUCUACACAUUACCCGCUAUCACUGUUCUCUUUUGCUACUUCUACGAGCAAGCACAAUUCGAUGAUUGGAUGCUUUCCUGGCAUUGGCAAGUGAAUGCAGAGAAGCACUGGAGCAUUCCUUGCCCAGAACCUUCAUGCUUGCGCCGUGAUCGUUCUCUGCGACGUCCAGAAUUCUAUGUCUUUAUGAUCAAAUACCUGGGUAUCCUCAUUGUUGGCAUCACAUCAGGAGUCUGGAUAUGGUCUGGAAAGACUUUUGCCUCCUGGAAAAACUUUUACAAUCGUUUGCGCAACAUUACAUCUGUAACGCCAGCGCGGCGUAGUGCUGAAGCGUAUGUUUGAUUUUGAGGACACGUUCUGUACUUUUCACUGUGUCUUUGGUUGACUACUGCCACGGGAACACAAUUGUGGAACUGUACUGCACUGUUCAAACCCAUCUUUUUCUUCUUCUUCUUCAUGAAAGAGCAAGUCAAGACCUGCAGGUUAUACAUUAUGCAAGCCCAUUCUGCUGUUAUAUUGGAUGCUUUUAAUGCACAUGAAUAACAAGUUCAUAGUGCAAGCGCAUACUGUUACAACUUUAUUUUAUCAACUUGGCCAAAUUGUACCUUUUUUGCCAUUAUCUCAGAAAGGCAUCCACACUUAGAUGUGGGAUAUUUGUAAACCAUGGGAAAUGUGCCAGUCAUUUGGGAUCACUCAGCCAAAACAUCAGUAAGAAAAGCCUCUUAUUUACUGGUAUUUUUGGUUGGCUGGUCCCCUAAGGUUGUGCAUCUGCAAUAUUUCAAGAAUAUGUUGCACUUAUGGGUCAUGGAUAGGUUCCCUUGGGGAUGUUUAUUGAAACAAUGUGCUCCUUCCAUUCUUCUUAAUACCAGUUAUGAUUGUAUGCCAUUUAUUGCACCGUGGCAGCUAUGUAACAGUCUUAUUUGUGUAAUUUAUUUGAAGUUAUUCGCAUGACACAUAGAUGAUCUGUUCACUCUCGAUGUUUAGCUUUUCUGCAAACUUGCAAGCAAGCUAGUUUUUUUUUUUUUUUUUGCAUUGUGACUGAACCUCUGUCUUUGUGACAUUGGAGGUGUUUCAUUCAUUGACAGUGCCCUGUACUGGUUGAUAUGGUUCACCUGGUUCUUUUUUGAGGACUUUGCCUUUAUACAAGUAGAAUAUUUCAACAUUUGAUCAUACCGAAGUGGCUAGAUUUUGUCUUGUUUCAUGGUUCUCAUUUGCAAGUAUCAUAAGUAUGGUUGCUACCAGUUACAUUCUUUUGAGUCUGUAGUAUUUUGCAUUACAUUGGUAACACGUGCAUAUCACUUCUUGAUCUUUUUCUGCAUCAUACCCAUACCUGUAAAACUGUGGCAGGGGACAUAGUGCAUGUAUAGAUUUUGAUACUCAAGUAACAAGUUGCUAAAUAUUAUAAUCACGGGCGAAUUUUCUUCGUGUUGCGUCAGUGGCAUAUACAUGCGUGCUACGCUCUUCUGGUGUCGCCAUUGUAAAGUGUGGCUGGUGCUGUACAUAGUUUUGUAUAUAUUGGAUUGAUUGAGAUCACGUUUUUAAAAGUGAAAUUGGUCUUUUGAAAUCCCAGUGCCAUGCUUUCACCUUUGACUUAUGUAUAGUACAGAUGUCCAUAAAUGCUUUGCGAUUGGAAAUGCUACUGUCUAACAGUUUUUGUGCAUUUGGGAAACGCAUUCUGCAUGCCAACGUAACUGGUAAUCGGAAAAGCAACCGUGGAUACAAUAAAAAUUAUGGCAUGGCAGCUAUGCAAGUAUACGUGUAGUAGUUGUGUGUUUAGCUGUAGAUUUUGAGCCUACACCAGAGGAUCCUUGCUGAAAUUUUUCUCUAACUAAUGGCCAAUUCCCGUUGACUGCUGUGUGUCAAAGGUGCAAACUUGCACCAGAAAGAAUACAAUUAAAGCCCCGCUCACAAAGCAAUCCCUAUCAAAUGUGUAGGAAGUUUAAUUAAAAUUUUUACAAUGCCAUUUGUAUGAGGGAAGGGUGUAUAGAGUAUAUUACUAUUCUGAUUCCCUGAAAUUAAGUUAGUCUAACUGUCCUGUCUGGACCAGGAAUUCAGCAAACUGUUCUGGCAUGGCGCGCCCUAGUAAACUUCCCGUAUUUUCAAAGUGUGUCUGCUGCAGGGUGUUAUUCUGCACCUUCUUGCUGAGAAUGUUGCUUAACAGUGAUCUGUAAGGUACAUUGUUGCGGCUCAAACGACAUCUCUCUAUCAUAAUAACUGUACUCUGUAUUCACUAUGUGAGCUUGGUAUCACACAUUUGAAUACGAAAGAAUAUAUGUGUUUGUUUCUCUGAAGCUUUUACUCUUCCAUGUAAAAACAGUGUUUCCCUAAUGAAUUAAUUUUCAGCCUUGAACUUUACAUCAGGCUGUAUCCUGAAGGCCCCAAGAAGGCCAAAAGUUGAAAUAUAAGUAGCGAGGCAUGUUUUAAAAAGGUAUAACAGCUGUAGUGCCUUCUAUGUCAUCACUAUUUUGAGCUAUAUGUUCAAGUCCAGGCACAUUUGUUUUCUUCACAACUGUCCUUUCACAUUUAAUUGCCAAAUGGAGGCUGUGUACUUCACUGGUGACAGUGUGCUCACCGUGUAACUUGUUUAAUUUUGCCUAUAAAUAUACAGUGUUUUUAUAUGUUUC